AUUAUGAAUCUAUUUUCCUAUGUGCCAACAAAAUCUUGGAAAAAUUUGAAAUUUUUGCUUUCAUCAAAAUCACCAAUUUCAUACUUGCACAACUCAACUGCUGAAAAUCUACCUGAAUAUUUUGCUUCUUGUUUGGAAAUCUGUCCAGAUAUCAGUUUUGUAAAGAAACUGCAUGCUUGCGUGAUCACACAUGGCCUCGAACGCAACAUAUUUCUGGGCUCGAAGCUUUUCAAUUUACUUGCAAAGUUUAAUCUUUUGGCAGAAUCUAAAUGGGUUUUCAACACCAUCAUCAACAGCAACCUCUCUCUCUGGAAUUCAAUCGUUGUUGGGUAUUUCAGAGCCGAUCAAUUUAGUGAAGUUUUAGGGAUUUACUUGAAAUUGAGGCGGAAAGGAAUUGGAAUUCACAGUUCGGCGAUCACUUUCACGCUAAAAAGUUGCGGUGAGUUGGCGGCUUCUAAAUUCGGCAGGAAUCUUCACACCGACGCCGUUAGAAUCGGGUUGAGUUCGGAUCGAUUUGUGGGUUCGUCGUUGAUUGAAUUCUAUACUAAAUGCGAUAGAAUUGGGGAAGCAGCUAAGGUGUUUGAUGAAAUAGCUGAGAGAGACGUGGUUGCUUAUACUUCCUUGAUAACAGCAUACUGUAAAGCUGGCGAUCAUCGGGCAAAUGAGGCGUUCCGUGUUGCAGCUGAUAUGCAGAUGAAUGGAUUCGAGCCUAACAGAGUGACGUUGGUGAGCUUACUGCAUUGCGCAUCUCAGUUACGAGCUCUCGAUGAGGGAAGAUCAAUUCAUGGGUAUGCAGUUAGAAGAGGACUUGGACUUGGUUGUGCAGAUGAAGUUUUUGAAACAAGCUUGAUCGAUACGUACGUGAAAUGUGGUGAUCCGAACGCUGGCGCCAUUGUUUUUGAGAAGAUGAGCAGGAAGACUACUGGUUCAAGAAACGCGUUGAUGGCUGGUUAUCUGAAGUUGGGAGAGCCGUUGGAAGCUUUCGCCAUUUUUGUAGAAAUGGUUGGUGAAUCCGAGCUUGAUUUGAUUGCUUUAGCAAAUGGACUAUUGAGUUGUGCUGAUUUGGGAUAUUUGCUUAUAGGAAAGGCUAUACAUUGUCACAUAAUUCGAGAGGGAGUUGUUCUUGAUGUUGUUGGUGAAACAGCCUUGAUUGAUAUGUAUUCCAAAUGCAAGAACUUAUCUGCAGCAGUAAAUGUUUUUUACAGAUCAGAAGCUAAGGAUGCAGCUAUGUUGAAUGUGAUGAUAUCUGGCUAUCUUCACAAUGGAUGUGUGUAUAGAGCCAUUGAGACGUUUCGUGGGAUGUUUGCAACGCGUGUUAGACCAAACACGGGCACCAUUAUCAGCGUCCUUUCUGCACUGUCCGUUAUGGAGGAUGUACGGACAGGGAGGUGCAUCCAUGGCUUCGCGUUCAGGCAAGGUUUGGAAGCAAACACGGACAUAGCAAACCAGUUCAUUAACAUGUACGCCAAAUGUGGCCUCAUGGGAUGCGCUGGGCGAGUCUUUGAUAGGAUCAAGAUCAAGGAUCGGGUUUCAUGGACAUCGAUGAUGACAUGUUUGGUGAGCCACGGCCGAGCUGAUGCAGCAAUGUCAUUGUUUCAGCUUAUGCAGAAACAAAGUUUGCAACUUGAUGCUAUCACAUAUACAUGUCUGGUUCAGACACUGAAUCAACUCGGAUCGUUGAUGCUAGUCAGAGAAGUACACGGACGUGUGUAUCGAGAAUCUCUAGAGAGAGAUACGACAUUGAUGAAUUCCCUCAUUACCACCUACAGCAAGCAGGGGAAGCUCAAAGUGGGAAGCACUCUGUUCAAGCUCAUGGAUGAGAAGCAUUUGUCAUCUUGGAACACUAUGAUAGCUGCAUAUGGUAUGCACGGUGACUUUGUUCAAGCCCUCAAGCUGUUUUACCAAAUGAGGCGAGAAAAGAUCGCCCUCGAUGGAGUCACGUUCAAGUCAAUACUCUCCGCCUGCAGCCACACCGGCCUUAUAGAGGAGGGCUUCCAUAUUUUCAGCUCCAUGGAGAGGGAUCAUGGGAUCACUCCAUCUAAUGAGCACUAUGGCUGUUUGGUGGAUUUGCUGUGUCGAGCAGGGAAGCUCGAGGAAGCUUACGAUAUUCUUGAGCGUGCCCCAUCAAGACGGAAUGCUUCAACUCUAGGCUCUCUGCUAGCUGCUUGUAGAGUUCAUGGGAACUCGGAUAUAGGUGAGAGAGUGGGAAGGUUGCUGCUGGAGAUCGAACCGGAGAACCCGAGCGCCUACUGCUCGUUGUCGAAUCUAUAUGCUGGAGAAGGAAGAUGGGAUGAAGUAGCUGAUAUUGGGGAUGUUGCCAAGAGAAAAGGUCUGUGGAGGACUACAGGAUACAGCCUUAUUGAUUUUAACUGAUCUUCAAUUGUUUGAGUUUUGAACCAUAUGCAAACAACGCAUUUCUGUUGAUUUAAAAUCAGAAUCAGAAUUCUUAUUUGUUUAUAGCAUUUUGAAAUUUGCAGAUUCCAU